GUGGAGCCAGGGCUGGCGGGAGGGGACGUGGCCUUUAAGAGGUCGGGCCGUUGCCCCGGCGGACAAGAUGGAGGCCUGGGUCCGGCCGUUGGUCUCUCUGCACCGCCGCGGCCUCCGCCGCCACCUGCCGCUGCUCCUCGCCCUCCUCGCCCUCGGCGGCUCCCUGGCCAAAGCCCGAGGCCUCCUGCCCGACACCUACUUCUCCAACCGGCGGAAUGUCUUCAACCUAUAUUUUGUCAAACUUUCAUGGGGUUGGACCAUGGGUCUGCUGCUUCCUUUUAUUUUCACCUCAAACUACAUUAUUGGAAGGAAUAUUAUGUUUGUGUUACGUCGCUCAAGUUCAGUAGUAGUAGGAACUGCUAUUUGGUUUUUUUGUACAAGAGCCUUCCAUGUGAUAGAAAACUUCACCGGCAAAUGCUAUGAAUUGCAGAAUAUGACUGUUGUCCCCAAAUUCGAGCAGAUGAAUGAUUGCAGGAAGGGAGGCCAUAUGUGGCUUGGAUUUGACAUAUCUGGACAUUGCUUCUUACUCUCGUAUUGUGCACUGACAAUGGUGGAAGAAAUAGCUGUGAUGAACAAACUUCAAAAGAUGGAGCAAAAGCCAGGAAAAGCAGUAGACACAAUCAUUAAAUCACUGUUUAUUGCUUUGAAUGCCUUGCUCCUGCUGUGGGUAUGGAUGUUUUCCUGUACUGCUGUGUAUUUUCAUGACUUGCCCCAUAAAAUAUUGGGAACUGCUGUUGGGUUUGCUGCCUGGUACGGAACGUACAAGGUUUGGUAUAAGAAACCAUUUUCUCCUGGACUACCACCCGAAACUGAGGACAAGCAAGAGUAAUGAUGAGACGUCAUUGAGAACCAAGAGGAGAAUUUCCAUUGGCCAUAGAUCAGUAAAGAAAAUUGUUUUGUCUUAUUCUUACACAUUUUAAAUAUACAAAAUGGGGGCAGGGGCUGAUGCAGUAUUACUUUAUUUACCCGUACAAUAUUUAGCACCUGGUCAGGUCAGUAUUCUCCACAAACUGACUUGGUAUUUUUAUUAUUAUGUCAUCCGUAAUUGAACGAAAGUAAUGGUGACAAAAAAGUGAAUGUUAUCACAAAUUUUAAUUUGGCUUAGUAAAACCAGUUCUGUAUUUAUAACACAACCUCUUCCCCCACCACCCCCCACCCCCCAAAAAAAAAUAUCUCAAUCAGAUCAGGUCAUUUCUCGCUCAGAGGCCAAGGAUGAUAUAUCCUACUUUUAUUACGAUUCUCUUAAAAUUACUGAACAAUAUUUAUUUGCCCUGAAAGUACUCAUCCUUCAAUUGCUUUGUGGAGAACACUGCUAAUGCUUUGUUCAUGUAUUUCUGGUGCUUAAUAAGUUGUCUUGUAUAUAACACGUUAACUAAGGCCAUUAAGCUGAAGAACUCAAUCCACAACUGUUUGUCGGAUACUACUGUGCUCAAUUGGCUGCCGUGUUUCACCUACAAAAUAUAGUCAAUUCACUUUACAGUAUACUCUGUAAAGCGCUUUGAGACGUCUCGAAGACGUGAUAAGGCGCUAUAUCAAAUGCAAGGAUUGUUGUUAAAUUUCAGAAUAAAGUAUUCCCAGUAGUUCAAGAACUUGAUACUGUAUCCAGUGCUUUGGGCCAUCCUCCCGACGUGAACGAUGCCAUAAAAUUAUCAUUUAUUGUUGUAUUAUAUGCUGCAAACAUGAUUUUAGGAACACAUUCCUGGGAAAUAACAGAUACUAUUUUGGGCAUUUACUUUAUAUUCCCUUGUAUUGUAAUUGAAGAGUUGUGUGUUUGCAGCAGAGAAAUAUUUCCUCACCAAAAAUGACAAAGUAAAAAUAGUGUAUUGAAGCCAAAGUGUUCCAAGUGCUAAUAAGUACUUGCCAAAAUGUUAUUCUCUUAUCAAGGCCUUAAAACUAUAAAAUAUUUUGGAUAGGAAGUUUGUUUGAUGCUUUGUUUGCAAUCAUUUCUUAAAUUUUAAGCUUAUUACCCAGCUUGCUGGAGAUCAAUCUUUAAAGCGCUGAUGCUGGUAAUGAAUAUGGGAUUUUUCAUCUGUACUCAUAGUGAAAUAAAUGUAUUAUCUGCCAAAAAGGUUCAACUUAUUCAGUUAACUAAUUUGGAUACAAUAAUGUAGAAAUAAUGGUUUUGAAAUUUGACUUUGCUAUUUAUAUAAUAAUAACCAGAUAUUGUACUCGAGUCGUAUUGGUAGUUAAUCUUAUUAAAGGUUUAUUCUAGAAUUUAGAGGCCUCGAGACUCGAUUUUUAUAGCCUGGAAACUAGUGUGCAAACGUGACAACAGCAACAACAACUUGCACUUAUAUAUCGCCCACGCAAGGUACCGUCUCAGAGUGCUUAAAAACGUAUUGUUGCAUAUUCAGAAUUCAGCAGAUAAAUGCUUGAAUGAUUAAAAUAUUUAACAUUUGAACUCUUUUUGAGUUGUCGUCUCUUCUAUUUUUAUCAAUGAUGUUUUUAUACAAACAUCAUCCAAUAGAUUCAGUGUUUGCAAUCAGUUCUUUAGCUAUUCAUAUUUCCCAAAAGAGAAACCAAAUCUGUCUUGAAUAGAAAUUGUUUAUGUUGUGCCUACAUAUCUCUUGGUAAACCAUACUUGUGAUCAAGCCUAUCCUCGCAGUAAUACCACAAGUACAUCACAUUUUCAGAGCCGUUAAUGGUGGAUAUCGAGACACGUUUUUGAUGAAUAGGUAAGAAUUGUGAUAUUUAAAUGACAAGGGGAAUGUACUACAAAUAAGUUUUGUAAUAGCACAAAACAAUUAUCAUUAAGAUCUUAUUAUUGAGAGAGGAUCAUGUACGAUUCCUACUUCUGAAAAGCAAACCAGCAUUGCUAAAAGAAAUAAAAAUCUUUUGCCUCUC